AUGGCAAGUCAAAUUGUCGUCAAAAAAGCCCUCGGAGAAGGGAAAGAAAUAGAGUACACCCAUACUAGAAAGUCGCACGAAGAUAUUGCGUCAAAAUAUCUUCCGCUUAGCCAGUGCUUUAUGGGCGGGGAAUGUGCCCACCGUCUCAACGGACAACUGGAUAAGAGCGGCCAACGGAUAAGAGAGCCUAAUCGGGUGACUGUGUCCAAGGGACCGAUGAGAGCCGAAAACAAUCAUUUCCUGAGCCAGAGCAUGGCCAUGGCCAGUCAGAGUCACUGA